CUUAAAUCUGCUUUCAGCAGACACUGUGAUUAACCCUUACAAGUUUUGAAACUACUUCUAAGUUGGCGGUUGCUAUGGCUGCAAGUUCAGGCGAGGCUGGUCCGAGAGGGAAGUGACGAGUGGGGCUGUUGUUGGGACACGUGACUAGAGCUGCACUGAUCUGUUUUGACAAGCUGCAGGGAGGGAAGUGAGGAGGGGAGGCAGACUGUAGCAUCACGACUAGUUGGACUCACAGUUUUGUUUUGUUUUGUUUUUUUAUUUACAUGCAAUUCGCCGAAUAGUAUCAGUAGGAAACUAGUCAUCUAGUUUUAGCAGUGUGGUGGCCUGUCAGCUCUAACAUAGCAGGUGCUACUCGGUAAACGCUCGUAACGGACGUUGCAGUUGUUUAGUGAAGCGUUUGAUCGUAGUCGGGCUGUUUGUUGUCGGUUAGAAAAGUUUUAAUGAAGAUCACAAAGGAAGUCAGCGCAAGGGGCGUUUCUAACGCUAAAUAGAUGGCCACGGCUCGACCUUUACAGAUGGAUAGAAAGUGCAUCAAAUCUGCUUGACAUCACUGGUUAUCAUUCCGCGAGAAGAAUGAGACGCUAAAAAUGUUCUCGUCGUAGCCCAGAAAUCUGUACACCGAGGCCGCCAGUCAUUGGUGUUCGUAGCUGAGCUGGGUUACCCUGGGGAUUGUGAUGUUACAGAGGCAGUCGUGUACCAGUAAAUGCUUUACAAUACAGUAACGCUAAGAUUAGUUGGUCGAGUUUGCUAGUACUGCUGAGUUAGCAAGCCCCCUCUCUGGUAGUGUCGUUGCGAGAAACCAACGUUGUUCAAGCGGAAGAACAGAAAUGAAUCGCGGCUUAACUACGAUUCAGGUGGUGGAAUUUGAGACGAGCUUCAAGAGUAGCCAGCCUGCUAGUUAAAUUACUAGUAAACAGAUUGGUUACUCGGUAGCAAACAGAUUGACAACUCCAUUACCUAACGCUAGGAGCAACUGGCAUUCGCUAUCAGCUGUCUUUGUGUUAGUUGGACAAUACAGUGCGACGCGAUGGAAUCGUACAAGAGCAUGCUAACAAAGCAACGCUUUGUUGUUGGAUAGGGGCAGUUGGCAACACACAGGCUUUACAGCUGAUAUCGUUGCUUAGCUAAUACAGCAGGUCUCGGUCUGGGAGGGUUUGGGGGGGUCCAGACACCGUUGUGUUGCUGUGAAGACUGUGUGUGACAGAGAAAGAGAAGACCCCGCAGGAGUCCCUGAAGGCAACCAGAUGACACUGGACAACAUGAAGCCCGAGCGAGAUUCAACAGAGGAGUUUUUUGAGUAUGAUGCCGAGGAGUUCCUGGUUCUCCUGACCUUACUCAUCACAGAGGGAAGGACACCAGAAUAUUCUGUGAAGGGCAGGACUGAGGGGCUGCAUUGCCCGCCAGCCCAGUCAGCCAUGCCUCCUUUUCACAAGCAUGAAUGCAGCGACAAACUGCCACAGUGUCGGCAAGCAAGGCGAACUCGCUCUGAGGUGAUCCUGCUUUGGAGGAACAGCAUCCCCAUCAUGAUCGAGGUCAUGCUUCUUCCAGACUGUUGCUAUGGUGACGAGUGCCCCCCGAGUGACCCCAUCAGUGACCCGGUCAUCAAGCAAGAUGCUCUGUUGCUGGAGAGGUGGACCCUGCAGCCAGUUCCAAGACAAAGCGGUGAUCGUUUCAUUGAGGAGAAAACCUUGCUAUUGGCUGUUCGUUCCUACGUCUUCUUCUCCCAGCUCAGCGCCUGGCUCAGUGCCUCCCAUGGCAUCGUCCCCAGAAACAUCCUGUACAGAAUCAGUGCUGCUGAUGAAGAUUUGGUGUGGCAGUUUUCUCAAACACCAUCGGAGCACAUUUUUCCUGUCCCCAAUGUAUCCCACAGUGUUGCGCUGCAGGUUCGCGUCCAGUCGCUCCCCCGACAACCGACUUACCCCACCCUGGCCUGCAGCAUCCAUACCGGCCUGCCUCCGCUUUACAGCAAGACUCCCAGCCUCAACCCAAAUCUCAACAGCCAUGGUGGCCUGCCCACCCUCAAAAAGAACCAGGACCCCAGCAAAGACAACCUCCAUCACAACUCAAACAUGUACAGCAAGAGCUCCAGCUCCAUGUCUGGCCUUCUCCUCAAUGGCCUACCCAUCCCUAAUCUACCCAUCAACAACAUCCCCAUUAACAGCCUUCCACACACUGCUGUGCCACAUCCAUACAGCAAGAAGAGUCAGGAGCCUGGUGAAAACCAAACGUAUCAGAAUGGAGAGCUUCCGCAGGUCAACCUCCCUCAGCGUCAGGGCUCACCACUAUUCCACAGGCCCUCCCACUCCCCCACGUCCUCCCGCGCUCAUUCUCCCUCCCCCUCCCCUCUUCCCUCAAAUAAAGCAGGAAAGUGGUUGUACUCAGCCCUCAAUGGUUCAUCUGACCCACCACAGGUGGAUGACUAUGGUUCUAGUCCCAACAGCAAUGACAGAUCAAAAGGUCCCAUCCCUGAGCCUCUGAGGGCUUUUAAACAUUUGUCCAUGGCCGAGCCCCCCCGCUGCCCAUCACCACGGCGGCCCACAACUGAGACAAACCCUUUGAUUGGCUCCUUGCUGCAGGAGAGACAGGAAGUUAUUGCCCGCAUUGCACAAAGACUCAACUUCUGUGACCCGACCGCACCGCCACUCCCUCCCGGCCUGUUUGCUUCUGACAACCCUCCCAAAGCCAUGUGGGGCAGUAACCAUGACGACAUAGCUGCCAGUAAGACCAAAGAACCCGAGGCAACACCUUUUGAGUCUGUGGGACGUGUGUGGCCUGCCCCAUUCAAUACACCUGUGACUGAAACCUCUUUCGUCAAACGAGAGAGCUCGUCCCCUAAACCUGCAGCCUGCAGGAAGCUGAAAAUGACUGAGACAAGAGACAGAGAGGAGGACUGGAAUGGAGAGAAAGGAAGAGACAGAGAGAAAGAGAAAGACAGGGAAAAGGAAAGAGACAGCUCCCUCAUUGCUCAGGCUGUGCAAGACAUUACCAGGCUCAUCCAGGAGAGACUAUCUGUCCCCUCUUUGUCCCCAAGGCACAGCAGCAGCGGCAGCCCUCUGCACCACAUGCACACAACAACAGUCACACACACAGUCCGCACAUACUCGCACACAACGCACAUCCCACAAGCAUCACAUACUGCCAGCAACGGCUACACUAACGGCCACAUACCCAGCCACAAACCUCAGAGAGGUAGCACGCACAGCGCUGCCCCAAAUAUGCCCAUUUGCACAGACAAGCCCCAAGUCGGACCGGGGUCCGAAUGCUAUUCUCCCCGGGUCCAAAAUGGUGCUGAGUUUACACUUGAAGAACCCUCACUAAAUGGCCAGUCCCAAACUCAGGCUAGCCAGCGUUUACGAGUUUCCCCACAGGAAAAGUUCAGAGUCAGGACACAAAUCAGCCAUGAAACCCCCCCUAACUCCCCUUUCCUUGAGAACAGUCCAAGGAAUUCCCAGAUAUUUAGCUUGAAUUAUGAUUAUGCUAGCCCAGCCAUGAAGUAUAACAGAAGCCACGACCACAGCAAGCCUCAGUCACAGAUGCAGAUGCAGAACUGUGUGCCAGCCGAGGCUCCUGCCUUCCAGGAUGAGAACGAGGCACCCUCGGUGUCUGGAUGCUCCAGCAAAUCCAGUCCAGGCACGACUCCAUCUCCUACUGUUCUCCGUCCUCAAAGCCCCUCCCCUCUACGUCCCUGCAACAGCUGGAAGAAACAGAAUCGCCACUCGUUAGACGCCACAGCAACCAAGGCCUUCCACCCCUGCACUGGCCUGCCUCUGCUUUCCAGCCCUGUUCCUCAGAGGAAAAAUCAAACAGGUUACUUUGACCUGGACACCUCUCUGACUGGCUGUAAGGGUUUGCCUUGGGCCUCUGGGAAAAGGGUGUGUCUAAAGAGAGAAGGGUAUACAGAUGAGUCACAGCAGCUGUUCAGCGCCAGCGCUCCACCUGCCAGUCUCAGCCUGCUGGGAAACUUUGAGGAGUGUGUGCUGAACUAUCGCCUAGAGCCUUUAGGGACAGUGGAAGGUUUCACAGCAGAGGUGGGAGCCAGCGGAUCCUUCUGCCCGAGUCACCUGACCCUACCUGUGGAUGUGUCAUUCUACAGUGUCUCAGAUGACAAUGCUCCCUCACCAUAUAUGGGUGUGAUAAACCUGGAGUCUCUGGGAAAAAGGGGCUAUCGUGUACCUCCAUCAGGAACCAUUCAAGUGACCUUAUUCAACCCUAACAAGACAGUGGUAAAGAUGUUUGUUGUGAUGUACGACCUACGAGCCAUGCCAGCUGGACACCAGACCUUCCUACGCCAGAGAACUUUCUCUAUUCCUGUUCGCCGCGACACAAACAAUCAUACCAGCAGGAAGCCCCUCGCCCUGGGCCAAGGCCGCACCCUACGCUACCUCGUUCAUCUGAGGUUCCAGAGCUCUAAGUCUGGGAAGAUCUACCUCCAUAGGGACAUCCGUCUGCUGUUCUCCAGGAAAUCGAUGGAGGUGGACAGCGGUGCUGCCUAUGAGCUCCAGUCUUUCACAGAGUCCCCCAUUGACCCGCCGUUCUCUCCCCGCUGCUGAAGCCUGAUGCCCUCCCUCCUCCAUCUGGCAGGCUACAUCUGAAUCUUCACUCACAUCACUUUACCAGCAACAGACUCUUGUUCAGCCCAUGAGCCCAAGGCUUGUAUCUGAAAAGAGAUGAGGUUUAAGGACUGCAGUCAACAUGCCCCUCCUGGCCUGUGUCCAGAAACUUAAGUUUCAUCCUUUCUGUCAUCCAAAACCGAAAAAGGGGUUGGCUAAGAGCCUAAGAGACUCUUCAGAAAUAAACCUGGUUCUCUGUUCAGUUGCACAACCUCAGAACCGAAGGGUUGGGUCAAAGGUUACAGUUGAAGGAAGUGUUUGGAGUCCUAGUGAAGAUAUUCUUACCAAAUUUGAUAGGUCAUCUGUUUUUCUUGCUGUUGCUGUCUAUCACCUCCAGCGUCUGGCAGGAGAGUAGAGACCAGUGAUCAGUGUCCAGAGAAGCAGUUACACUUAAAUUUUCUUCAAGCUAUUUUACUCUGUCGGCCCAAAUCAUAUGUUAAUUGAACCUCCAAAUGAUUAAAUCCCUAAUUCCUUUCUGGUUUAAUACAAUACCCUUUUUAAAUGGUAGGAUUCCAAAUGUCCUUCAAUAUUAGAUUGGCGGCUAAAAGUGCUUGACCCUGUGAUUCCUGAGCUCAGAGCUGAGGGAGUGCACGUUGAAGAGGAACUGGGUGGCCAGCUGUGGUGCAACACAUUACCAUGGACCACUGAAGAAGUUAAAAAAAAAAAAAAAAAAAAGGCAAUCACAGUAGAUUCACCUGAAGCAUCACAGCAGAACAUCAGAAGUGCACUGUGUUUUUUUUCUGUUCUCAUUAUAACUGGAAAUAAAACUGAAAAUAGUCAUAUUCUAAUACUUUUGUACUGUUUAAAAAACAAUUUAUUGAAAGUGUUGCAAUAGAAAGAGUACCAUUAGUUUAGUGUUUACACAUUCAUUUUCAGUUAACUUACCAUCCGUUUAUUUAAUAUUUAAAAUAUUUCAUUUACUACUUGUGGCGUCUGUCAUGCUAAGAUAAUGUAGUGCAAACUGUAUAUCAUAGUAUGUAUUUUUGACAUUAAUAUUCAAAUCUGAAAAAAAUAUAUCUAUAUAUCUUCUAAAGCAAUCUUGAAAAUCUG